AUGCAACCCGCUGCGCCCCCCUGCUCGCCGUGCACCUUGCGGCUUGAGAUCUCGAACUCGCGCGGGGACAUCGGGCCACCAGUCACCCCGGCCUCCCAGGCGCCGACUCCCUCCUGCCCGGAUGACCGCCAGGAGCCCCCUGGGCCGGGCCAGCAGCACCGGCAGCCGCGGCAAUCGCAAGGAUGUCACCAGCACCAACAGCCACAGCAGCAGCCACAGCCACAGCCACAGCCACAGCACUCGGAUCAGGCCGGCUCGCCGGAGCAGCCGACCCUGACCGUGACACUGGUGCACCCGCUGAAAGCCCACCCAGGCUUGAGCCCGGUCCGGUCGGUGCUGCCUUUGACACCGACAUCGGCCUGCCUGCCGGAUCCCCCGCCUGGCGAGGGGACGCCCCUGCUGGAGUGGCCCACAGCCGGCCGCCGCCGGAGUACCGACCCCACCCCUCUGGGCACCGCCUCCCUGACGGCCGGCCUGAUGGCCGACGACACCCCGCCGGCCGCCGGCGGCAAUAGCCCCCAAGCCGGAUGUCUGGCAGAUCUCCCGGACAAAGACGACGAGCCGACCCAGUGGGAGUUACUCGACCACGAGGACUGUGCCCCGGCGACCGGGGCAGCCUCAACUCCAACGGCCCCGGCGCCGGCCUCGGGCCCGGCAAUGACGCCCAUGGCCACCGUCGGCUUGAUGUCCCCGCCGCCAUCGGCCGCACGCAUGGGCUUCGCUUCUCCUCGAGAUCUGUUCUCCCCGCAGGCACACUUCGGCGCCUGGGCCAGCCCCCAAUUGGUGGAUCUCCGCCCGAGGAUGCUUCACUCGCCGCGGAUUGCCGACAUCCAGUCCCCUGUGGUCCCGCCGGUGCCCCAGCAUCCGACCGAGGGCAUGCUCUCGAUUGCUCGCGCCCUGGGCCACACCUAUGUCAGCGACUGCUUUGGGUUCCUGGUCGAUCGGGACCACCUCCAGUGCACGUGCGACCAAUUGGACGAUGGCCCUUCGGUGGCUGCCGAUGGCGAACACCGGCCCCACCGGCCGGCCGACUGCCGGCGGCAUUCCGGCGCCUCCAGCUCGCCGACGCUGCCAUUGGAGGCGGAGCUCUCUCCCGGGGCCGGCCGGCCGAUGGUGCACCCCAGUUGCCAGUGCCCGGAGAUCGACAUCUGCCCCGUGCACUUUGCCCCGGACGAUGCGCUGCUGCUGAUGCUGCCGCUGUUGCAUGCCCCGUGCGAACGGCACUGGUGCGAGGCCGGCCCCCGGUGCGAGUGCCCCUCGAGCCAGGAAGACUGUGCCUUGCGCCUGGCCGGGCCGACUGGCGCCCCGGCCGCCAACUGUCUACAGUGUGCGCGUGAAGCCCCGGCGGCCGGGAUUCACUUGGACCGGCAUCGCGCGGCCCUGGCCCCCGGGGCAGCCGGGCUACUUCGUGGCCUGGCAAGCCAGCCACGUCUCGGGUGCCGAGAUGACGCCGGCUCGCACAGCUUCGAGCACUGGUGCCGGACUCCUGGGCGCCCGGGCGCCGGGGCCGGCGGCCUGUCUGGCAGGCCCGGAGACGAUGGCGGCGGUCCCGGCGGCGGCCCCGGCGGCAGUGGCGCCCUUGGUGCCCCGGAUGUUGGGGUUGCCUUCCCGGAGCACAUGCCCGCCCCCUCGCUGAUGCCGGAUUUCCCCCUGACACAGGUCUUCCCCCAGGGAUGUGGCUUCACGCCGCUCGGCCUGCGCUGGGUCCGGGCCUUGAAGCCAGGACAGUAUGAGCGCCAAUUUGCCGACUUCACCUUCCGCCCGGGCCAGCACCAGCUCCCCCGGAUCCACGGGAAGGUGGUCCCGGGAGCCUCGCCAUCCAGCUUCCUCAAAACCGCGUCCGUGGGCGCCGGGGCCGGUACCUCUGCCAGUCAGGACGAGCUCCUGGAACUGGUGCGCGUCAUCCUCCAGGACAUUCCGCGCACCUUCUCCACGCACCUGCUCUUCUUGGAUCCCAGCGGGACAUUGGCCACACGGGCUGGCUCUGCGGCCCCUGCGACUGGUGAUGGCUGGGCCCCUGGGUCCUUUCCCUCCCUCUGGCAGCCACUCUUCAACCUGCUGGUGAGUUACAUCCACCUGGACCUGGACACCGGCUACUGCCAGGGCAUGUCAUACCUGGCCGCAGUGCUGCUUCUUCACAUGCCUGAGCAAUAUGCCUUCUGGUGCUUUGUGGCCCUUGUCACCAGUGACAAACACCUUGUCGGCUUCUUCGACAAGAACCUCACCCAACUCCAGCUGAAGGCCCUGGUGUUUGAGCAUGUCUUGACCGCCGUCGAGACCGAGCUGGCCCUGCAUCUGUCCUCGCACCACAUCAACCCUCUUAUGUACAUUGCCGGCUGGUUCAUGCGUGCUUUCACCAACCUGCCCGACUGGCAGACAUGCCUGUGGUGCUUCGAUCGGAUUGUCCUCGAUGGUUGGGCCGGGCUCGUGGUCAUCGCCGUGGCCGUCAUGCAACGGUGCAAGUUCGACUUGUUGAAUCUCCAUUCGAUCAAUCAGCUCCUGCCAUACUUGCACACACUGCAAACCGAGGAGGUGCAUUGGCUGAACCUCCGUCGGGCCAUGUCCCAUCAUCGCAUUGACCUGUCCCUGGUGUAUGAGACCAAUGCCAGUCUGAUGAGCUCCCCGAUGCCGGCUUUCACCGAGAGCAUGCUCCUGGCGACCGAUUGCAUGCCCUCGCCGGGGCCUCUGGGGUCGGCCCUUUCCCCGCGUAGCACCUUUCGCCAGUCGGUCAGUGUCUUCGAUGCAGGGCCCCGCCUUCCGGCCCCGGCUCCGAUGGCCAUUGAGCGAACUUUCUUCGGUUCCUUGACAUCGCUCUUUUCGGACACGCGCCCGGCCCCGCCGGCGAGUGAUCAGCCCCCGGCAGCGGCCGCACCGCCUGAGACCCCGCGCCAGUCAGCCCCUCGGCCGGUGCCGCGCACCCUGCGUGUCGACACCGCCGCCGACGAUCUGCCGCAGCACGCCGCCCAUGCCCACCCUCAAACCGGGCUGUUCGAUCGGCUCCUAUCCUCGGCAACACCCCUAUUUAAGCGCCUGGCCACGCCGUUCGGCAGCCGAGUGGAGACUCCACUAGAAACGCCAGCCGAUGAGCUGGCUGCCAGCCCGGCAUCGGGCCUGCCAUCCGACGACCUGCCACUGGCGCCCGACUCGCCACCAGUGUCGCGGGUUCUCUUCGCCGCCGAAGGUGAGGGCAUCGCCAAUGGGACCGGCCUCGGCCCAAGGCGCCUGGCCGCGGUGGCCCGACAGCCUAGCUCCCUGCGCGAUGUGACCACCCUUGACCUGACCACCGAGGAGGAUGGGCUCUCUGGCUCGGAGCCGGAGCAGGCCGACGAUGAGGACGAUCCCGGGGAAAGUGACAGCCGGCCGGGGCCCGAGUCGCCCUCGCUGUUGCCCCCUUCCUCACAUGCGCCCCUCAGCGUGGGCUCCUUCUCGGUGAGCCUGGGCGACCAGCAGCCAGCAUCGCCCGGGAGGCGGCCCGAGGAGCGGGAGGAGGCUCCCCUGCUGCUGCUACAGCUGCCCGACCAGGCUGGCGACACGGCUGGCCAGUUGACAUCAGUCCCGAUCAGCCAGCGGCCACGCCAGCCAGCGGCCCCGCUGCAGGCGAACUACCUGCUCCGGCGUUAGAACACGAGGAGGCAUUUCGUCGCACGGGCGUGGGGAGCCUAUGCUUCGCUUUUUCCCCUCCUCCGCCAUGGCGCGACAUACUGGCCCGUGGCCCCUUCCUGUCCCUCCUGCGACACACUCGCACAUGGCACCCAACUCUCCGCUUAGUUUCCCUGGAGAAUGCACACGCGAGGCGCUGCCUUCCCCUGCUGCCCCCCCUCCCCCCCCCAAUCAUCCACCCCCAAUUAGACAUUCUACCGACA